AUGCGGAGGGGCGAGCGCAGGGCCGCCGGGGGCUCGCGGUCCGAGUCUCCGCUGCCCGAGGGCCGCCGCAGCACCGAGUCUGAGGUCUACGACGACAGCGCCCACACCUUAACUGCGCUGUUCAUCCUCACCUGUGCACUGGGCCACGUGACCCUCUUGGAAGAAACGCCUCAGGACACAGCUCACAACACUAAGAGAGGUAUUGUGGCCAGUAUUUUGGUUUUCUUAUGUUUUGGAGUCACACAAGCCAUAGACGGGCCAUUUUCCAGACCUCAUCCGACUGUCCAGGAUGGCCGGCAGUUUCUGAAGUAUGUCGACCCCAGGUUGGGCGUCCCAUUGCCAGAGAGGGACUACGGGGGAAACUGCCUCAUCUACGAUGCAGAUAACAAGACUGAUCCCUUCCACAACAUCUGGGACAAGCUCGAUGGCUUUGUUCCUGCACACUUCAUUGGCUGGUAUCUCAAGACCCUCAUGAUCCGUGACUGGUGGAUGUGCAUGAUCAUUAGCGUGAUGUUCGAGUUCCUGGAGUCCAGCCUGGAGCACCAGCUGCCCAACUUCAGUGAAUGCUGGUGGGACCAUUGGAUAAUGGAUGUGCUUAUCUGCAAUGGUCUUGGCAUCUACUGUGGCAUGAAGACCCUGGAAUGGCUAUCCCUGAAGACUUACAAGUGGCAGGGCCGCUGGAACAUUCCAACAUACAAGGGCAAGAUAAAGAGGAUUGCCUUCCAGUUCACCCCCUACAGCUGGGUACGCUUUGAGUGGAAGCCCGCCUCCAGCCUGCACCGCUGGCUAGCUGUGUGUGGCAUCAUUCUGGUGUUCCUACUGGCAGAGCUGAACACGUUCUACCUGAAGUUUGUACUGUGGAUGCCCCCUGAACAUUACCUGGUCCUGCUGCGGCUGGUCUUCUUUGUGAACGUGGGUGGUGUGGCCAUGCGCGAGAUCUAUGACUUCAUGGAUGAACUGAAGCCCCACAGGAAGCGGGGCCAGCAGGCCUGGCUGGUGGCAGCCAUCACAGUCACCGAACUACUCAUCGUCGUGAAGUACGACCCCCACUCACUCACCCUGUCGCUGCCCUUCUACAUCUCUCAGUGCUGGACUCUAGGCUCUGUCCUGGUGCUCACCUGGACCGUCUGGCGCUUCUUCCUGCGGGACAUCACCUUGAGGUACAAGGAGACCCAGCGACAAAAGCAGCAGAAUGACCAGAGCAGGGCUGCCAACAACGGGGAUGGGCACCCAGGGCUGGACGAUGACCUGCUUGGGGCCGGGACUGCAGAGGAGGAGGGAGCAGCCGAAGAGGGGGCAGUAGCAUCUAGGAAGCAGGUGGCCUCAGCCACAUCAUGA